UGAAACUAUAAUACUCCAAUCAGAGACAAACUAUAAUCUUAAUGUUACAAGUAGGAAGACUCAACCUAAAAUCUUCUCACCUUUGAUUUCCGUUUCCUGUGGACAGCCACGUGCUCCUGUGAAGCCAAUCCUCUAUCAUUCCUGUUUUUCAACGGUCUUCCAAAUUUUAAAUUCCUAUGCCAAUCACCUCAUCACAUUUAGCUCAUAAUUAAACACUAGAUCUCCACUAAAAUAUGUUGCCUCUCUUUGACUUCUUUGUUCAUAUCCAUAAAGCUUCAUUCUUUAAUUCCUGUAAGGACGACGUGACCUCCUUGCUCGCAAGAAAAUGCUGAUCAAAGAGAACGGAAGAGCCAAAGUACAUAUAGAAACUCAAAACACCUGAUUGAUGGUGGUGAUUCAUCAGUUGUUAACGGCUGAGUUCAUGGAAAGAUUGCUAGUUCUUCUUUUGAUAGCUCUUUGUUCAAUAGGAACAGAGUUUGUCUGCUAUGGUGAUGUUCAUCUCAUGAACUGCACAGCAGCUGACCGUGAAGCACUAAUGGAUUUCAAGGUUGGUCUGAAUGAUCCCGAGAACCGGCUUUCGUCCUGGCGCGGAAGCAACUGCUGCCUGUGGCGGGGGAUAUUGUGUGAUAGCAGAUCUGGAGCUGUCAUUAGAGUUGAUCUUCACAACCCAUAUCCAUUAGGCUUUGAUUCUCCGAAGAGGUAUGGAUUCUGGAACUUGAGUGGAGAGAUAAGGCCUUCCUUGCUUAAACUCAAGUCUUUGAGAUACGUAGACUUGAGUGCCAACACAUUUCAAGACACUCCAAUUCCUGGAUUCCUCGGUUCUCUGAGGAAUUUGCAAUAUCUGAAUCUGUCCAAGGCUGGGUUUAUUGGCAAAAUUCCUCCAACGUUGGGAAACCUUUCUAGCUUACAGUAUCUUGAUGUUUCAUCCGAAUUCCUCACUAGUGUUGAUGAUCUUCAAUGGGUGGCUGGCCUUGUUUCACUGAAACAUCUUGAAAUGAACCAAGUUGAUCUUGAAAUCGUGGGCUCAAACUGGGUUGAGGCACUGAACAGGCUUCCCCACUUAACCGAGCUGCAUCUUUCGUCCUGCAGCCUAACCAGUUUAGCUUCAUCUCUUAAUUCCGUCAAUUUCACUUCACUUUCUGUUCUGGACCUUAGCUUCAACAGCUUAAAUUCAGGACUGCCCGAUUGGUUUGCAAAUCUUACCAGCCUUGUCUAUGUUGAUAUCAGCAGCAGUAGCUUGCACGGAAGGAUUCCUCUCGGUCUAAGCCACCUCCUGAGCUUAAAAUACUUGAACCUAAUCAACUCAAAGCUUUCUGUUCUGAAUCGCGAAACGGUAGCCUUUCCACCAUCCUCUAUUCUAGAAACUAAGCCAAGGGCUUGUCUCUUGACCGAAGAAGCUGUUACAGUAUCUCUUGUUAGACUCUCAUCUUGGGUUAGUCUUUUAUCAUCCACUCUUGAUGGUGAGUGAAUAAGAGCUCUUGUGCACGUAACAUAAAGGCUUAGACAGGAAAGCAAUUGACAUAUAUUAUAUACAAAAAAUGUUGCAAACAUAACUAAUUGCUGAGCAUCGGCUCUGUCCAAAACGCCAACCACAUGGUCUUUAGUGACGAAGGCGAAUCAGUGAUCAGUUGCGAAUUGAGAUUGCCACUAUGAGAGCUAAGCAACUCUUUCUCUACUGAGAAAAGCUUCAAGACUUCUGCUCUUGCAGCAAGGGACUGGGGAUAGAAUAGGUGAAUGCAAUCACCAUCAAAGUCGGCACUCAAGGGCCCACAUAUUAUAGGAUUUCUCUUCACUAAAGUACUGGCAGGGAAUGUAUGUGGGUCAUUGGCGGUCUGCUGAUGAAAACAGUAUCUCCAUCCAUAAUAUAAAGUGAAAUUUGACCUGGUCGGAGAAAUGUAUGCCCCUUGGGACCUCCUCCUCACGCGGAUCUCACUAAAAGGUUUUAAGGAUAUCCUAUUGAUGAGUUCAUUUCAAUUGUAUGUUUCCGGUGGUGCAAAAUGUCGGGACGCCCUUUCUUGCUGAUGGUCAUGUUCUUCCUUUUCGACCCAUGCUUUAUUAGUUGAGGAGAAAAACCUUGUGCAUAAACAACAAUACCCCUAGCUUGGAAAUACUGAUCAUUGGCUUCAACUUCAUGAGACUCGAAAGGGAAAACGGGAAAGGUAGCCCGGCAGGAGUGGCGAUUUGAUGAAAUGCAAGCACAAAUAGAUGCUAUGAGGAGGAGCCUCGAGGAGGCGCAAGGGGGACUAACUCACAAGAAGGCCAAGAAGACCCUAAGAGCAAGGGAAUCUACAUCUCUGAGCCUAGAGAAGAAAGACGGACCCGUCGAGAGGAGCCUGACGAGGAUUACAAUCCCUCAAGUGCAGGAAGAAAUAACAAGGGCAAAGGAAAGAAACACUUGUAGGGUUUGUAGUUGGGGGCAAGGGUUGGGGAAAGGUAUUGCAACUAAUAGUUGCUCGUUCAUAAAUUCACUCGACCACUUGUUAGUUUAGUCUUGCUACACUACAGGACACGAGUGACGGGUGAAGUUGAAGCAGACACGAUCAAGUGAAGUCGACUUCACAAGCGAUUCAACAUAGCAUAUGGAAAUAAUAAAGAAGAGAAAGGUCUCGCUUUCAAGUUUAUCUGCUGGCAAUAUGCCGCCAAGUUUAGAAUCGGACCGGUUUAGAAUCGGACCCUCGCACCGAGAGAAAACCAAAACUCUUUCAAAAAGAUAGAGACAGAGCAAAAAAUGAGUCAUUUGCCAGAACCUGAGUGCCAGCUGCCUUCAACUGUUCAGGGGAGGCUGGGGGAAGAUAGAAGUUCUUGAUUUGGCUGCAAAUAAAUUGCAUGGGAAACUGCCUGCUCCCAUUGGAAACAUGACAUUUCUCAUUAUGUUUGAUCUAUCCUCAAAUGAAGUUGAGUGUUAGAAUUGCGGUUACAUUAGGAUAAGUUCCCUAGUGAUAAAGAUAAAUGUUAUGAAUUUGAAUUUGUUUCAAAUUCAUUAACAUUUGAAUUUUAACAAUAAUGGGAUAAGUAAUUAGAAUUUGAAUGAGAUUCAAAUUCCGAUAAAACCAUGUCUAUCUGUAUCUUUGUGAUACCUAUAAAUAGACAUAGAGGUUAAUGGAAAAACAAU